AUGGCUGACUGGUCUGAUCUUCCCCAGGAUCUUGUUGUGUGUAUCUGCCAAAGGAUGGAUUCCAUGCAAGACUUCAUCACUUUCGGCGCAGUCUGUAAAACAUGGAGUUCUGCCGCCACCAAAGAUAACUUUACACAUCAAGUUCCACUGCUUAUGAUGCCAGAUACAGAGGACAAUAAUAGUCCUUUUCCCGGCCAGUGUUACAACCUCAUAAAAGGUAAGGUUUCCAGACUUAAUAUACCAAAGACUAUCACUCAACGUCGUCUAAUGCCCUGGUGUAGGUCUUCUCUUGGAUGGCUCAUCAUCGCCUCAUCUAGAUUUUUGACUGAUGAUUCCAGACAUAUAUAUCUGUUGCAUCCUUUCAAACAUGAAGAAAUUGUGCUGCCAACCUUUGAGUUUGAGUUUGGGUUUAUAAAGAAGUUUGUCUUAUCAUCUAGUCCUUCUCUGACAUCAGAUUACAUAGUCAUGGUUUCUACUACUUGGUCCGAUAGAAAGUUCGCUUUCUGGAGACCGAAGGACAAUGGAUGGACUAAAAUAUCAUCAGAACUAAAUAAUUGGGAAUCAGACACACGAUCAUAUGAUAUAGCUUAUUACAAAGGACAAUUUUAUAUAGUCGAACGGGAUGGCCGUGUGUUGGUUUGUGACAUUGAUGACCCGAACAAAGCAGCAGCAAAGUUGGUUGUUUCAGAGAUGCCAAAUAAUCUAGUGUCUAAUGAUAGCGUACAGCAAUUGUACCUGGUGGAAUCAGGUGGCGCCUUACUGUUGGUUUUCCGGCUCAAGAACACUUCUCGAAAUGGGUUUAGGGUUUUUGAGGUGCCACUUAGUACUGGCAAUUGGUUGGACGCGAAGGAGGUAGAGAACUUGGGGAAUCGAGCCUUGUUUUUGACUUUAAACAAUUCUUCAUUCUCUAUAGAGGUCUCAGACUACUCUGGGUGUAAGGCCAAUUGCAUAUACUUUGCACGUCAUCUUCUUUCUGAAUGCACUCCGACCUGUACAGAUCUGGGUAUUUUUGAUAUGAAAGAUGGAGAGGUCGAACCAUUCACACCGAAAUCCUGUCGCGUUCAACAACCAUAUGUAUGGACUCAGUGGACUUUUUGA